AUGGAUACACAAAUUAAGUUCAAUUCUUCCAACCUUGAAUCUAUACGAAAAUACCUUCUUGAUGAUGAUUCUGAGAAUGUUCUCCACGAAUAUCAAAUACCUGCAGAUGUUUGUUGGAGUUUUGAUAACGACGAUUUUUCAUUUCUUGAGAACCAUGGUGGAUCGUCCAUGAAUAUUGAUAAAGAAGCUUGGAGCUCAUCAAACUCGGGUGAGAUAUACCACCAUACCCCAAGUUUGAGCUACAUUGACUCGUUCUUAAUGGAUGAAUGGAUUGAACAGUUGGGAACUGUUGAUGAUAUUGGCAAGCUUGAUGACAUCCUUCCAGUCAACAAUGUUGAUUUUACGGAUUUGUUGUACCCAGAAACAGGAGAUUUGCAGGAAAGUUCAUCAUGCAUUUCCGGUAUGAGUUCAUUAACGGCGGAUGGAGGGAUAAAUAUGCCAAUAAAUUGGGAUUUCUCAAGCGGGGAAAUGGUGGAAUUAGUGGUCAGCGGAAAGGACGCUGAAGCUUCGCCAUGCGGGACUGAAUAUUUGUGUGAUGAGAGGGAGGAGAAUCAAGCGUCCUCGCAAACAGAACCAACGGCCAAGAGGUACAGAGGCGUGAGGAGGCGGCGGUGGGGGAAGUACACGGCGGAGAUACGAAAUCCAGACAAGAAAGGUGGAAGGUUGUGGCUGGGGACGUACAAGACGCCAGAGGAAGCAGCCAUAGCCUACGAUAGAGCAGCCUUUAAGCACCGAGGAAACCGCGCUUUAGUUAACUUCCCACAUAUGAUUGGCAUUGAUAAACCCUAG